AGUAUAUAACCAAACCACUUGUGUUGUCUUCACGCAGAACUGCAAAGAGCCUUGUAUUUACACCAGCAACAUAAGCAGGAAAACAGGAACAUGGCGCUAUAUGUUAUGCUGUUGGUGUUUAUCACAGGAUCUGUUGCACAGCAAGAUUUGGGCAGCAAAGUUUUCCUCUUCCCAAAACGAACGGCAACGGCACAUGUGAUCUUGAAGCCUGAAAUAGAGAAACCAUUGCAGAAAGUUACUGUUUGCCUGCGAUCAUACACUGAACUUACAAGUGAUCAUAGUCUAUUUUCCUUGGCAAUGUCUGGCUCAGGAAAGGACAACACUUUUCUUAUCUUUCCAAACUCACCAUCCUACACUGCUGUGUAUAUAAGCCAGGAACAAAUCAAGAUUAAAACAGACCCUGAUGUUCUAGACUGGAAAUUCACCUGUGUAACUUGGGACUCUGAUACCGGAGUGGUCCAGCUUUGGGUAAAUGGAAAGCUCUACCCCAGAAGAUUUUCAAGCAAAGGGUUUACUAUUAAUCCUAAAACAUCUAUUAUUCUGGGGCAGGAGCAAGAUUCAUUUGCUGGUGGGUUUGAUAUUAAGCAGUCCUUUUCUGGUGAAAUAAGCGAUGUCAACAUGUGGGAUUAUGUGUUGUCACCAGAAACCAUGCAAAAAGUCUCAUCUGGUGAUCACAAUGGCAAUCUGAUUAACUGGAGGUCUCUUCAUUUUGAGAUUUUAGGGGAAGUAUUAGUUCAGCCGAAGCUUCAGUGUAAACAUUGGGCAUACACACACAAUUUAUAUUAUCAAUGCAACGAAGAUAAGGUAUACAACUGAAAAUUGUGUUACUUACUGACAAUGAUUAAUUUUAACUUAAAUUCAAUUUUAUCAAAAUAAAUCCUAAUAGAAAAACAAAA